GCUGGCUGCGUCCCUUUCGGCAGCGGUGGCGGCGCGAUGGGCAGCGGCGGGUGGCGGUUGCUGCCGGCGCUGCUGGUGGCGGUUUCGCUGCUCUGGGUGCCGGGGCAGGGCCAGCCCCGAGGCCUGUUCCCUGCCAUUUUGAACCUAGCCAGCAAUGCUCACAUCUCCACGAACGCCACCUGCGGGGAGAAGGGGCCGGAGAUGUUCUGCAAACUGGUAGAGCAUGUCCCAGGGCGGCCCCUGCGCAACGCCCAGUGCCGUGUCUGCGACCACCACAGUGCCAAUCCCAAAGAGCAGCACCCAAUUUCCAGUGCAAUCGAUGGUACCAAUAACUGGUGGCAAAGUCCCAGCAUUCAGAAUGGGAGACAAUACCACUGGGUCACCAUCACCUUGGAUUUAAGGCAGGUCUUUCAAGUUGCCUAUGUGAUCAUCAAAGCUGCUAAUGCUCCACGACCUGGAAACUGGAUUUUGGAACGCUCCAUAGAUGGCACAGAGUUCAGACCAUGGCAGUAUUAUGCAAUUAGCGAUACUGAAUGUUUAACUCGUUAUAAUAUUACACCAAGAAUUGGGCCGCCAACUUACAAGAGAGAUGAUGAAGUGAUCUGUACCUCCUAUUAUUCCAGACUAGUUCCUCUGGAACAUGGAGAGAUUCACACAUCACUGAUCAACGGUAGGCCUAGUGCCGAUGAUCCUUCACAAAAGCUUUUGGAGUUUACUUCUGCACGAUACAUUCGCCUACGACUGCAGCGUAUCAGAACUCUUAAUGCUGACCUCAUGACUCUCAGCCAUAAUGAUCCUAAAGAGCUAGACCCCAUUGUUACCAGAAGGUACUACUAUUCAAUAAAGGACAUCUCUGUUGGUGGCAUGUGUAUUUGUUAUGGCCAUGCCCGAAGCUGCCCUCUGGAUGAAAUCACAAAGAAAUUGCAGUGCCAGUGCGAACACAACACAUGUGGAGAGAGCUGUAACAAGUGCUGUCCGGGCUACCACCAGAAACCAUGGAGACCAGGAACUAUUUCUGCUGGGAACAAAUGUGAAAAGUGCAACUGUCAUAACAAAGCAGAAGAUUGUUAUUACAAUCAGAGUAUUGCAGAUCAGAAAAGAAGCAUGGAUAUUCAUGGCCAGUAUAUAGGAGGUGGCGUGUGUUUAAACUGUACUCAACAUACUACUGGGAUCAACUGUGAAAUGUGUGCUGAUGGAUAUUUUAGACCAUACAAAGUUUCUCCCUAUGAGGAUCACCCCUGCUAUCCCUGUGGCUGUGACCCAGUUGGUUCUCUGAGUUCUGACUGUGUUAAGGAUGAGCAGCAUUCUGACUCACAGCAUGGCACUUGGCCAGGUCAAUGUCAAUGCAGAGAAGGUUACACAGGAGAAAAAUGUGAUCAUUGUGCAUUUGGGUAUCGGGGCUAUCCAAACUGCUUGCGUUGUAACUGCAGCCUGAUUGGUAGCAUUAAUGAAGAUCCAUGCAAAGAACCUUGUCUUUGCAAAGAAAAUGUAGAAGGUGAGAACUGUGAUCUCUGUAAACCAGGAUUCUACAACUUGCAAGGAAGAAAUCCUCAGGGCUGUACAGAGUGUUUCUGCUUUGGGGUGUCUGAUGUCUGUGACAGCCUAACAUGGCCCAUCAGUCAGAUAUCAGACAUGACUGGUUGGCUUGUUACUGAUCUGUAUAAUGCAAGGAGAGUGCAGCCUCAGCGAAGCCCAUUUGAUGGACCUCGUCAAAUAAGUAUUAACAACACUGGGGCUGUGAAAGUACUGAAACAUACUUAUUACUGGUCAGCACCUGAGACAUAUCUAGGAAAUAAACUCACAGCUUUUGGUGGAGAAUUGAAGUAUACGGUAUCUUAUGACAUUCCAAUGGAGAGUGUGGACAGUGAUAUAGUAUCUAGUGUGGAUGUCAUCAUUCAGGGUAAUGGGCAGAUUUUGAGUACAAGAGCAGCGGGCUUGUCAUUACAGCCAUAUGAGGAGUACUCUAAUACAGUGAGAUUUGUAUCAGAGAAUUUCAUAGAGUUCAAUACAAAAAAAGCUAUAGACCGGGAAAGGUUGAUGACUGUGCUGGCAAACAUGACCCAUCUUCUGAUCAGGGCCAACUACAACAUUGCCAAAAAAGCUGUGUACAGGCUGGACUCUGUGACCCUGGAUACUGCAAGUGCAAAUGUUAUAGGUCUUUCUUCAGCAUCAGAUGUGGAAUUCUGUGAAUGUCCUCAAGGUUACACAGGAAUAUCCUGCGAGUCCUGUCUCCCUGGGUACUACCGUGUGGAUGGAAUACUCUUCGGAGGUAUUUGUCAACCCUGCAAAUGCAAUGGGCAUGCAACUGAGUGUGAUAUUCAUGGUGUAUGCAUUGCUUGUCAACACAACACGACAGGACUUUUCUGUGAUCAAUGCUUGCCUGGCUUCUAUGGAAGUCCAUCUCACGGAACUUCUGAGGACUGCCAGCCCUGUGCAUGUCCUCUGAGUUCUGCUGCAAACAAUUUCAGUCCUACUUGCCAGCUGAAUGAAGAAGGUGGAAUUGUCUGUGACAAAUGUCUUCCAGGUUAUACUGGUUCUCAGUGUGAAAGGUGUGCUAAUGGUUAUUAUGGAAACCCACUCAUGCCUGGACAGUCGUGUGCUCCUUGUGAAUGCAAUGGCAAUGUAAACCCUCAGGAAGAUGGCUACUGUGAUACCUUCACAGGACAAUGCUUGAAAUGUCUGGGGAACACAGCAGGUCACCACUGUGAAAAGUGUGCUGAUGGGUAUUAUGGGGAUGCGGUGAUUGAGAAAAACUGUCGUGCCUGUGCAUGCCAUGUGAAUGGUUCACUUUCAAGUACUUGUCAUCAUGAGACAGGCUUUUGUCACUGCAAAUCAAAUGUGAUUGGAGAAAGAUGUGAUAAGUGUUUGAAUGGCUAUUAUGGCCUGUUUGCUGGGCUUGGCUGCAUUCCCUGUAACUGCAGUCAAUUUGGCUCCAUCUCCAAGGAGUGCAAUCACUGGGGGCAGUGUCAUUGUGUACCAGGAGUGGCUGGAGAAAAGUGUGAUCGUUGUGCUCAUGGCUUUCAUGCAUUCCAGGAUGGUGGCUGCACAGCCUGUGACUGUGCUCAUACUCAGAACAACUGUAAUGCUGAUUCUGGCCAAUGCAUUUGUCCCCCUCACACUUGGGGACCAAAAUGUGAACUCUGUGAAGAAAAUCACUGGGGACUGUCUCCUGAACUUGGCUGCAAGGCGUGCAACUGUAGCGACACUGGUUCAACCAAUCCCCAGUGUGAUGUAUUGACAGGUCAAUGCCAGUGCAAAGUUGAAUUUGGAGGACAAGACUGUUCCAGGUGUGCAUUUGGCUACAGGGACUACCCAGACUGUGUUGCCUGUGACUGUGAUUUGAGUGGAACCAAAGUGGAGAUGUGUGAUGACACUGAAGGACUUUGUGGUUGUGAAGAAGAAACUGGCAUCUGCACCUGCAAGGAAAAUGUAUUUGGUCUACAAUGCAGUGAGUGUAAACCUGGAACUUUUGCUUUGUCUUCUAACAAUGCGCUAGGUUGUACUCCAUGCUUUUGUUUUGGGAUGUCCACAUUUUGUUCAGAACUAGAAGAUCAUGUGAGAAUUCCGAUAACCUUAACUCCAGAUCAGUCCAUUCUGCGUGUAGUAGCUCAAAGUAACCUGACUGGAACAGUGGAAGGAGUAUUUUCACAAUUUCCUGAUGUUUUACUGGAUGCUGCCAUAGUCAGAAAAUACCUAAAUACAGAAACAUUUUACUGGAGGUUACCAGAGCAGUUUCAGGGAGACCAGCUCAUGGCCUAUGGUGGGAAGCUGAGAUACACUGUUGCUUUUUAUGCUUUGGAUGGCUUUGGAACCUCAAAUUUUGAGCCACAGAUUCUAAUGAAAGGAGGUCACACCAGCAAGUUGGUCAUUUAUGCAGACAUCCCUUCUCCAGAAAACAGUGUAAGAACUGACAAGGAAGUAGAAAUGAAAGAGGAUUUUUGGAAGUAUUUUAACUCUGUGUCUGACAAGCCUGUCUUGCGUUCUGACUUCAUGUCUGUGCUAAGCAAUGUUGAAUACAUCCUUAUCAAGGCAGCUUAUGGCCAAGGAUUACAGCAAAGCAGAAUUGCAAAUAUCUCAAUGGAAAUUGCAGUGAAGGUUGAAGAAAUGCAUCUAGGCAGAGCUAGAGCUCAUCUUGUAGAGCAAUGUAGAUGUCCUGCUGGUUAUGCUGGAUUGUCCUGUCAGAGCUGUGCUCCAGGAUACUACAGGGGAAAGCAUACAGAACUUGGUAUAAAAGAGCCUCACAAUCUGAUAGCACCUUGUGUGCCCUGUCAGUGCAACAACCACAGUGAAACCUGUGAUCCUGAAACUGGAAAGUGCUUGAACUGCAGAGAUAACACAGUUGGGGAUUAUUGCAGCGCCUGUGCUCCGGGCUACUAUGGGGAAGUUACUGGAUCUGUGAACGACUGCUCUCUUUGUGCCUGUCCCAGAGCCAACCCUGUUAGUUUUAGUCCCACUUGUGUCCUGAAAGGUGUUCAGGAUUACCACUGUGAUGCUUGUCUUCCAGGAUAUGAAGGCCAGUACUGUGAAAGGUGCUCUCUUGGCUAUUAUGGUGACCCUCAGCUUUCUGGUGGCAGCUGCCAUCCAUGUCAAUGCAAUCCAAGCGGCUCUGUUCAUAUUAAUUGUGAUAAUGCAACUGGCCAGUGCCUCUGUAAGCAAGGUGUGACAGGACAGCUCUGUGAGGAGUGUGAACCGAGACAUCUUCUUGUGGAAGACGAGUGUGUCUCUUGUGAUGACAACUGCACAGGAGUUUUGUUAAACAAUUUGGAUAAUCUCAACAAGGCCAUACUUUCAAUUAAUCUCACCGGUGUUGCCCGUGUGCCCUAUGGAAUAUUGUCAGAGUUGGAGAAUGCAACAAAACAUCUGAAGGGGUCUAUAGUUCCUAGAGAAGACCCAGCUUACUCACUGGCUACAGCAAAAGAAAGUCUCCUGAGUUUAUCAGGAGGAAUUGAUCAGCUGCAUGAAGAAUCAUCUAGAUUUUUGAAAAAAGCUCGGCAGCUUAACAGAAUGACUCAGGAAACCAGGAAUAAAAGUCAAGAACUGACUGGAUUUAUUGACACAGUACAUACAACUAUCAAAGUGCUUGCUGAAGUUGCUAUGUCACUAAAUGAAACGCUGGGGCUGGAUCUCCCGCUGUCAAAUGCUACAUCUCAGAGCCUGCAGGAUGAUAUUUCUGCCCUUUUGGAUGCAUUGCGCAAGAGAGGUUUUGUUCAACACCACGAUGAUGCUACCCAAGUCCUAAAAGCUGCAGAAAAUGUGUUGAUCCAGGUUCAGAAAGUGUAUCUUAAACCCCAGCAGGAGCUUGCUGAACUAAAAAAUGAUGCAAACCAGCUCUUAUCAAAGCACAACAGCAGACUGCAGGAUGCCCAGGACCUGGUGAAUGAGGCGCUCGCUAACAUCAAUGAGACCAAUCGCUUGUUUCCUCUUAUCUCUAGCAACCUGGCAGAGUUAAAUGACAAAAAGCUACAUAUAAAGGAAGCUGAAGAAGUCUCAGCCAUGCUCAUUAAAGAAGGGAAGGUCCUAGUGAAUGCUGCUGCUGCUCUUGCCCAAGAUGUAAAGAACUCUACAUCUAACCUGGAAGUCCACCAGGAUGGGUUAGUCCUAUGGAGCACCAAAUUGCGACACCACGUGGAUGAGCUGGUGAUGCAGAUGUCUGUGAGAGGAGUGCUUGACCUGGUAUACAGAGCCGAGGACCACGCCACUCAGUUCCAAAGACUUGCAGAUGCACUAGAGAGUGGCCUCUCUAAAGUAAGAAAUGUGACUCUGAACACAACCGCUGCUGUCUACACCCACUCCAGUGUUAGAAGUGUGAUUGAAAGAACAGAGAGUUUGGCAGAUGAUGCAUCUAGACUUAUGAAUGGCCCCUUGGAUUUACCAGAGGAUUCUCUCAGUCUUCUUGGAAAAGAAACUCUACUGCUUAGCUCUAAAUUUCAGAAUGAAGCUAAAAAUCUGAAGAAGAAAAGUGAUGGCCUUUUAUUUGGAUUGAAUGGGUUGAACAAAAAGGUAGAAAAGAUUCAGGAAAGUACUCAUAAAAUUGUCAACCAGCUUAAUGAUUCCCUGCUGAAACUAAGAGCAUUGCCUAAUGAUACAAGGAAGUACAUGCUUGAAGUGGAAGAGCUGGCUGUGUCUGCAAACACCAGUGCUCUGGUGGGUUUAAGUCACUUCGGGGAUUUUAGUCAAAAGCUGCUGAAUACUUCUUCUACAUUGUCUCAUGUUAAUGACACAUUGAGAAAAACUAGUGAACUUAUAACUGAUUCAUCAAAAGCUGCAAUCACAGCUGAAAAACAAGUUAAAGAAGUUGAAGCACAAGCAAGUCUUUUAUUGGAUAGGCUGAAACCUUUGAAAAUGCUGGAGGAGAACCUGAACAGAAACCUGUCUGAAAUUAAAGAACUCAUCAGUCAGGCCCGCAAGCAGGCAGCAUCUAUUAAAGUUGCAGUAUCAGCAGACAGAGAUUGCAUUCGUGCCUACCAACCCCAAAUUUCAUCUAUGAAUUAUAACACCUUAACACUCAAUGUGAAAACUGCUGAACCAGAUAACCUCCUUUUCUACCUGGGUAGCAAUGGAAAGACAGACUUCCUUGCGGUGGAGAUGCGACGUGGUAAGGUAGCUCUUCUUUGGGAUUUGGGCUCUGGAUCAGCAAGAGUGGAAUACCCUGAUUUUCAAAUUGACAACAACAAAUGGCACAGAAUACAUGUAACCAGGUUUGGAAAAACAGGUACAAUCAGCAUAGAGGAAAUGAACUCCAAUCAGAAACCUUCACCUAAAUCUGCAACCUCUCCAGGGACAGCCAGCAUACUGGAUGUUAACAAAUCAACCCUAGUAUUUAUCGGAGGACUUGGAGGACAAAUCAAGAAAUCGCCUGCUGUUAAGGUGACCCAUUUCAAAGGGUGCAUGGGAGAGGCAUCCCUGAAUGGCAAAUCUAUUGGUCUUUGGAACUACAUGGAAAGAGAGGGCAAGUGUAAUGGCUGUUUUGGAAGCCCACAAGAUGAAGACACUUCAUUCCAUUUUGAUGGCAGUGGAUACUCCGUUGUGGAGAAGGCACUCCGCUCAACAGUGACUCAGAUAAUAAUAUUUUUCAGUACCUUUUCACCUAAUGGGCUUCUUCUAUAUCUUGCUUCAAAUGGCACUAGAGAUUUCUUGUCCCUUGAGCUUGUUGAUGGCAAAGUGAGACUGACUGUUGAUCUAGGUUCAGGACCUCUUGCGCUUACAACAGAAAAUCGUUACAACAACGGAACGUGGUAUAAAAUUUCAUUCAGUCGGAACAAGAAACAAGGAAUUUUGGCAGUCGUAGAUGCAUAUAACCUUAAUUACAAAGAAACCAAGCAAGGAGAAUCUCCUGGGGUUGCCUCAGACCUGAACCGCUCUGAUAAGGACCCAAUCUUCAUUGGUGGGCUGCCAAGAUCGAGGACUAUGAGGAAAGGUCUUAAUAGUAGAAUGUAUGUGGGAUGCAUCAAGAACCUGGAAAUAUCCCGUUCAACAUUCGACUUGCUUAAAAAUUCAUAUGGAGUGAGAAAAGGCUGUGUAUUGGAGCCUAUUCGUAGUGUGAAUAUCUUGAGCAACGGAUAUAUUGAGUUGGUACCUAAAUCCUUAAGCCCAGAGUCAGAACUGAUGGCAACUUUUGCUACAAAGAACAGCAGUGGCAUCAUCCUUGCUGGGCUCAGCAGGGGACUGGAAAAGCGACGACGUAGACAAGCACAUUUGCCCUUCUUUUCGGUCAUGCUGAUUGAUGGACAUCUUGCAGUGCAUGUUAAUGCUGGAGAUAGAGCAAGUACUAGGAAAGUAGUUCUUCAGUCUGCUAAUGGAACAUACAGUGAUGGACAAGAACACUCUGUCAUCCUAAUCCGGAAUAAGAGGAUCAUAACUGUACAGGUGGAUGAAAGUAACCCUGCAGAACUGAGGCUUGGUCCAUCAGCAGAAAUGAGCCCCAUGAAUAUUUCUAACUUCUAUGCUGGUGGCGUUCCAGCAGAAGAGGUCAUCUUUGGGCUAAAAAUGGCUGGCUCCUUCUAUGGCUGUAUCAGCAAUCUUAUUUUUAACAAGGAGCCUUUGUAUUUCACCACUUCCAUGAAGUAUGAACAUGUGGAUAUGGACAACUGCUUUUUGUCAGAGAAGCCUAAACCACCCAUACAGCCAGAAGAUAUUGAGAUUCAACCUGAGUUUCAGGCUUUACCAGCUCCCCUGAGGCCUCUUACAGAUACAAAAAAAGUAGUUUGUGCCAAAGAUGAACUACCUGAUCAUGUUCAAGGUGCUCAUCAGUUUGGACUUGCCAAAGGCAGCCACUUGACACUGCUCUUCAGUCAGUCUACUGUCAGAAAGAAGCUUUCUGUCCAGCUGAAUCUCAGGACCUUUGCCUCCAGUGGCCUGAUUUACUACAUGGCUCACCAGAACCAGGUUGAUUAUGCAGCCCUACAGCUUCAUGGGGGACAGCUCCAUUUCUCAUUUGAUCUAGGCAAAGGAAAAGCAGUAGCUUUUCAUCCUGCUGUUAUCAGUGAUGGAAAAUGGCAUACGAUAAAGACGGAAUACUUCAAAAGAAGAGGUGCAAUCAUUGUGGAUGGACAGGAACUGGUAGCCGUCAGUGCUCUGGGAGAUGGUAGCACUUUGGAUGUGGAGGGAAAGCUGUACUUGGGGGGACUCCCCUUAGACUACGUGCCAAAGAAUCUUGGGAAUGUGACUCACAGUAUUCCUGCCUGCAUUGGUAACAUGACGAUUAAUAGCAAACCACUGGACAAUGAGAGCCCUGUCUCCAUCUUUGCUGUGAACAAAUGCUAUGUAACAGUGCAGGACGGUACUUUCUUUGAUGGGAGCGGCUUUGCUGCUCUUGUCAGGGAAGGUUACAAAGUGCGGUCUGAUGUGAACAUCACACUGGAGUUUCGUACAACAGCGGUGCAUGGCGUUCUUCUUGGGGUUAGCAGUGCUAAGGUUGAUGCCAUUGGACUGGAGAUUGUAAAUGGCAAGGUUUUAUUCCAUGUCAACAAUGGAGCUGGCAGAAUAACAGCUACAUAUGAACCAAGAGGCACAAAUAGUUUGUGCGAUGGAAAAUGGCACAAGCUUCAAGCAAACAAAAGCAAACAUCGCAUUUCACUGAUAAUUGAUGGGAAUUUGGUUCAAACUGAUAACCCCUACAUCCAGUCAACAUCUGCAGAUACAAACAAUCCCAUUUAUGUUGGAGGCUAUCCUGCUGAUGUGAAGCAAAACUGCCUCACGAGCAAGAGCUCAUUCCAUGGCUGUUUGAGGAACCUCGUGUUAACCAAGGGCCAACAAGCAGAGUUGUUUGAUUUCAGCAGAGCUUUUGACCUGCGUGGAGUCUUCCCUCAUUCCUGCCCUGGGGCUGAGCACUGAACUGCAGCAAAGCCUGUCUGGACUGAGAGAGGGUUUUUUUGUUGAUCUGUUAUUUUUCAGUCCCAUUUCAUAAUGAAAAGAAGAAUUGGUGAGAGCCUGCAUCUCUUUGAUUUUAUGGCUGUUUUCCAACUCAGGACAUUUAUUUUUUUUUUAGCCAGAAGCUCUAUGUCUGCAUUUUAACUAAAUGGUUGUAAACAACAAAUACCUCUGCCACAAUGUUAAUGGCAUUAAUUGGGUAUUUUUCUUUUGGGAAUUUUUAUUAAUCAGUGUUUACAGUAUGUUUUCUUUUGAUUACUUGACAGUAUUUCAUUAUCUUGUGUGGUGCUCAUUUUAUAAAAAGGUAAUAAUUUUGGACCACAUAAUAAAAUCACAAUAAACUAUGCAUAAUUUCAUGUAGUUGAGUCAUCUGUACGUUUCAGUUAGAAAGAGCCAGAAGACUAAAAAGUGAAAACUACAAGUGGAUAUAGUCCAGCAGAGGGAGCAGGAGACUAAAGGCAUAAUUUUGAAGGUUUGGGAUUCAAAGUCUAAUGAAUAGAAUUUUCUUAUUUAUACUUUAUGUGGUAGCUCAAAUCCCUUUUCUUCCUGCUUUAACAUCCAGUGCUUCCAACCCCCAUUAUAGCUACAUUGCGUAGGAGGAUUAUGUUCCCAUUUAUGCCUUCAUGUAAUUGGUGGCAAGACAAGCAGCAACUCCAUGGCACAGAGACAUGUAUGAAGUGUCAUGCUGGUGAAGAAACAAUUUGGGUAUGGUUUGGGAACAACUGUAUUUUGGCAAUGAGAAUGAAUGCAUCUUGGAAAGGCAGUAUUUCUUACAGGACACAGGGAAGUAACUUGGUGCUCUGAGAUUCCUAAUUCACAGGCCAGUCAGAAGUUCCAUCUUUAUCUGUUUUUGUAAUGUGCUCAUCUCUGUUUCUAAAAUGAGUCUUCAGGUAGUUGCACUUGAGCCAGGUUUGGGGGGCAUGCGCUCGAUCGGACUCAAGUAAGGACAUCCAUUCAUCAACUGCCCAGAUCAUUGAGCAGUGACAGACACAUCUCAUACUUGAAGAUGCAUCUGUAAUAAACAUAGUUUUUUACAAGUCACUUCCAUCUCCUUCUUUCUCUUAGAACUAGAAGUAUUUUUGUUUCCUCCUUACAGUUUUGUUUGGCUUUGACUACGCAUUUUUACAAUUCCUUCUAAAGUCAUUUUUGCUCUAUGUAUUUCAUACUAGUUUAAAAAAGACUGCCUCAAAUGAAGCCACAAAGCAGUUUGUCAUUGAUUUCAAUGAGGCAGGAGACAAAUCACUGUCAUUUUAUGUCUUGCAUUGAGGUAGUCCAAGAGAAGAGCUCCUGGAGCAAAGAAUUCUCCUCCACUUGAACAGGGAUGGCAGAAUGUGGUCCUUUGUGUAGCUAACUGCUCAGGUGCUAUAACAACAUAGUUGCUUUUAAGACAGACUCACCACUGCUUUUUGCAAUUGUUGUCGCUUGCUUCUAUCCAGAAACCAUGUAUUUAGAUUUGAAGAGCUUACUUUGUUGGUAUUGGGUUUUAUUUUUGACAUGGAUACAAUACAAUGGACAUAUUCUGCUGUACAAAUACAUUUAUGUGUGGGCUUACUUCCACAAAACACAUAACAUAAUGAGGAUGGUAAGGGAAACAUACAUACAAACAUUUUGCUUUGAUUAGUGGCAUCGUAUUAUUUUCCAGAGAAGACACACAUUAAUGGAAAGCCAUUGAAAAGUAAAAACUGAAACACAGUACGUUUGUAUUUGUUGUCUGUUAACCCCAAGAUCUGAUCUCAUAAAGUUCACAUUACAAGCAGUAAUUGAGGCAACACGGUUUGGCUAAAAUUUCAUCCAUAUCCUGAAAUAUGUGGUUUAAUACAUAUCUGGUAAUUUCCAAAUCUUGCCCUUUAGAAGGAGAAACAUUUUAUUAAUGUAAAAGACUAGUGGAGAGGUGAAAUUAAUAAUAGAAAAAUUUGGAAUGGUAAACUAAGCCAAAAUAUUUUUCCUGGAAAAUGCAGAGUGAGGUAGUUAAUAUUAUACAUAGACACAGACACAUUUGCACACAUGCAUACAUUCUAAUGACGUUAGCUGUGUAAACAGGUUAGAGCAUUCCAGUCUGUUUCCGAUACCUACUUCUUGCAAUAUACUCUCUCUCUCUGUUGAUAUGCAAAAUGCUGUCUUUGUAGAAUCAUAAAUACUUGAGGCUUCUUUGGAGUUCGCUGAAUAAGUUUCUCCCUGCUCACUACCGCUUUCUCAUUAAUAGCUUUCCACAUAUGUUGCUUUUUUUGAGGUGACAACCCUAUCAUAACUUGGUUUUGACUUGAAAGAACAAAAUUCCUGGUGCCUCCACCAGUAUUUUGAAAUAUAAGGCCUAAAGUUGAGACCUUGUAUUAAAAAAUGUCACAGAGAUUGUUCAGUUUGUCUGCUGCAUAUUAAAUCAAGUUAGUGUACCACAACAACACAAAACAAUUUAAUGCAUAACAGUAUUAACCACAGUAUGUGUGGGUCAUUAGGUCCAUUUGUAUCAGGAAAGAACCUUUCCAUUCUGUUUCAGAGACAGCAAGUAUUUGGCAGUGCUGUAGUAGUCUGGGCACUGUACACAAAAUUUAGUUCAUUUGCAGAUAUGCAUGUCUUAUAAAGUUGUAGGCAAUUUAAUAUAAAACAAGCGUUCACAGGGUGGUUUUAAUUACAUCAGAUCUGGCUUUCCUAAGUUGUGAAGUGGUAAAAGGUGAGAGUCUUCCAAAAAUCCCUUGUAUCCUGUAUGGAAUACAGUGAGCUCUAUUUCAGAAAGGAUUUAGAUGAAGUCCUCAUUUCAGGGUCCAGAACAUGCUGAGCACGUUACAGUGUGAACGCAUGGGUGCUCUGUACUUUCCCUUGUGCAGCCACUGAGAGCAAAGAGUGAAGUGAGCAGGCAAGACGGUGGAGGUCAGUGUAUUUGUCUGAGAGUACUGUAGAAUGUUACCUCAUUUGCCCCAACAUUUCAAAUUCUUUGGUUACACUUUCUGUAUAGUCAUAGAAGCUCUUUCGUUGGCUAUAAAUACAGUGAUGCUUAGCAUUUAUAUGAUGUUCUUUAUAUUCAAAGCACUUUGCACGUAAAAUCCCUUUGCUGAGUUUGUCCUUCCUGGGUGGAUGUUUGUAACUCCUGAUCUGUUCAGGGAGUUGUUUGGCUGCAUCCAGGAGCAGAAUUUAACUCGACUAAUUCUCAUGUUACCUUUAUAAGGAAAGCACUAGUCCUGUUUUACAGCUAAAAGAAAAUGGCAGCACAAUAGAAAAAGUUGUCCAUUGCCACAGAGGGAACUGAAGGCGAUCGGGAACAAAGCACCUGACAAAAUGUUUAUGCUUAGUCCUAUGAACAAAUCACAGAUCUACAAUCUCUUGUAUACUUAAAAUAAAUAGUUGUCAAAAUAAGCAGUGUAUUUCGUAAGACAACUGUUCUGGUCUUUUCCUGGCCACAGCUAUGCAUCCAUUGGUGUUAAGACAUAAAAACCAGUAAAGUUGAAAGUUUCACUCUUUUAAAGAAAGUGAUCUGCCCUCUGUAGAUGUUAUUGCUGGUAAAAUUACUGAUUUAAUAUUGAUUUCUUUCACUGAACACUAGCAAUGAAAGUUAAGUACUGGAGAACAUUAUUAACUUUGAAAAGGGUUUCUAGAAUGUGCAAAUCUUCCUUGGACAGCUUCAGCAGAGCACCACAAGUUACAGGCUCUCUCUGCAGGACAACGUACUUUGCAUUCACCUGGAGGACUUGGUUCAGAACACUUUUGCAUUGCUACCUGGUAAACAGAGCACUAGCUGCUGCCUCAUCUGUGUCUCCAGAUCAGGAACAAAACACACUGCUCAAACUGUGAGUGAAUUCAUUGUGCAAUAUCAUCAUCCACGACAGAGACUUUGCAGUGCGUUUGAAGGCAUUAGUUCCCAUUUUUUGCAUAAGACCAAGAUGAAAAAAGUACUUGCUGUUUUCCAGAGACUUGCAAUUUCCCUACUCAACAAACAGGGUUUACUUCUAUAAAGUAUAGCCCAAAACAAGGGGAUUAGGUGAAGAAUGGUGCUCACUUUUGUGACUGGCUACAAACUAGACGUACUGUCUUAGAUUUGCUGUGCUGCAUUCCCAGUGCGGCUGCAGCCGACUCUUGUCAGCCUCUGUGUUUUCAUAGACCGCAUGCCAUCUGUAAAAGGAGCUGCAAUUUGCCACGUAUUUGUAAAACCCCCAGCACAACUGGACCUAGUUUGGCUACAGUUUUGAGGCCCUAAUAUGUAAAUGUUAAAUAAGGGUAUUAAAUCCCUCUGCUCAUUGGAAGCUCUUUUUCUUUGCCAUGCUGUAUUAUACAUGAUCCAGACAAAGAUCUCUCUUCUUAAUGCAGCUGAAUAGUAUAAAAGUUGCUUACAUAUUAAAGCUAAAAUAAAAAAAAAAGAGAAAAACAAUUAGGUUACAAAUUAAGAAACUAUAAUGUUUAACAAAAAAGGUGAUGGCUGUAAGAGGCACCAUUAACACCUCUUUCCUAUUAUGGCAUUACACAGACUUAAAUUUGAGAGUAUCAAGUCAAAGACAGAGCCAGAGGAGUAUUCCCCUUCUCAUCGAGCAUUUGUCUCUCAAAGCUUGUGUGUGUGGUAGUGGGAGGAAGGAGAAAAUGGUUUGUGGCGCUACAAUUGCACACAGUAAUGUGAUCCAGACAGACAAUUUUGGAAGACUGGUAGUAGUAUAUACAGUGGUACAUACAUAAAGCAGUAUAGCCGUCUAUACAGUAGUUCUUCCUCCUGCCUCUCUCCCUCCCCCAAUAUCAGAUACUCAUGAGGAGCGACUGAGAAACAUAAAUAUUGCAGUAACACAGACCGUACAGGUUUGCUUUCAGCAGAAAGGUUUGAUGUUUUUACACAGCUACAUCUUGGCACUGCUGCAGGUUGAGCUCCUCUCUUCCACACUUGACAGAUGCCUUUUCUUGAACAUCUCUGUGAUGCUUCUGUGUUAUGCUGUG